UCCAUUUGUACGUCUGCCUCUAACCAAACUAAACUAAAUGGUAAAGCAACGUUCCAAGUAUAUACUACUGAUGAGAGGGAAACAAAAAGAGAGAAGCCGUCAUUCGAUAACGAGAGACAUUUCAAAAGAUGCAAAUCAUUACCCAUACUAAACACAACUGGAAGCUGGACGCCAGCAAACAAACCCACUUCCGUCAUGCAACAAGUAUCUGCAUAUGCGGAAACUGUACAUGAAAACAAGAUUGACCUUGAAAUUGAUGAGGAGGGCAAUGAGACGCUUGAUGAGUCUUCUAAAGAUGGUCCGGCUGAUUAUAAUGAACCUGAAUCAACAACUUAUCAGCCAAAAAUACCCAGCGAUCAACUCGUCGAGUAUCUAGAUGAAAAGAGUCAUGAUGGGCUUAGUUCGGAAUUUGGGACCUUUACUUGCGGUCUUGUGAAACCGUAUGUGGAAUCGCAGAAGACGGAGAACAUAUAUAAGAAUCGAUAUAAAGGCAUUUAUCCAUACGAUGAUUCAAGGGUCAAGGUCAGUGGUAGAUCAGACUACAUCAAUGCCAGCUUUAUUGACGGGUAUAACAAACCGCAACAGUACAUCGCCACAUUAGGUCCAACUUCUAAACAAUUGGGAGAUUUCAGCUUAUUCUGGAAAAUGAUUUGGCAACAAAGAGUUGAGAAGGUUGUAAUGGUUACCAAUCUCACUGAACAGGGAUAUCCCAAAUGCGAGCAAUACUGGCCAAAUCCUGGAACAACUAAGACAUUUGGUGCUAUAGAAGUAAAAAGCAGCUCGGAGGAUGAGUAUGCCGAGUUUACUAGGAGGGCUUUCACUGUGACCAUGGGGAUCGAUGAAAGGACGGUGCACCAUUUGCACUUCACGUGUUGGCCUGUAAGAGCGAUACCCGACGAUGUAACAGCGAUGAUAGAGUUCAGACAGCGGGUACUGAUUACGCCGAGUACAUUGAAUGGACCUACAGUUGUGCAUUGCAGUGCGGGUGUUGGAAGAACAGGAAUAUACAUUGCCCUGGACAUCCUUACAGAAGAAGGUGAGGUGGAACGAGCCAUUGAUAUAGCGGGAUGCGUCCACAAAAUGCGCCAGAACAGGCCGAAUAUGGUUCAGACAUUGAAGCAAUACCAGUUUUUGCACAAAGCUGCGGUGUAUUCAUUGACAUUCGACUGCAAACAAAUCAAGGGAGAGAACUUCAAACAGUACAUGAACAACCACUCUACAAAAGAACUGAAUAAUCAAUUCAUUAGAUUGCAGCAUUCGGUCGAAAUACGAUCUAACAAAGAAACUAGGGCAGUAGAGCGAAAUAAACGGCUUUUGAACAAAAACAGACAAAACGCCGAUAUUCCAGGAAAUGAAAAUAGACCGCGACUUUAUCUGAAUCUCAAACCAGGAGCGACGGACUACAUCAACGCUGUGUACAUUCAUAGCUUCAUAAUGAAGAAACGCUACCUGGUAGCACAGACUCCCCUACCAGAGACGGUUAUUGACUUUUUAACGCUUGUUGUCCAAGAGGGGUGUUCAUGUAUCGUCAGUUUCGACGCUUAUAUUGACAAACAAAAGACUAUCGGCACAUACUACCCUGCUGCAAAACAAGAUGUUCUAAAGAAAGGAACAUUUCAAGUCAGCUGUUCGAGAGUAGAGGAGAAAACAUUCUACACAGAACGCACAUUGACAAUUCAACACAAAGGGUCAGGGACGAGAACUGAUAGAACCAUUCAACAUCUACAAUUUACGGACUGGGACGAGAUGAAAAAUAUUCCAAGAUCAACUGGAAACUUUCUGUUUUUUCUGAACGUGGUAGAGAGUUUCACGAAAAAGCAAGACUACGGACCGAUAUUGAUCCAUUGCUUUGAUGGUGCAAGCAAGAGUGGUUUGUUCUGUGUGGUUUCGCUGCUUCUCCAAAAGAUGGCAGUUGAACAUGAAAUCAGUGUACUUAACGCUGUAAGGAAAGUCAAAUCAAUGCGAAGGCUAGCAAUCCCUAAUCAGGAACAAUUUGUGUACUGCCAUAAGUGCGUUUCGGACUAUCUUUGCUCAUUCGAUGGGUACGCCAACUUCAAGUUUAAAGAAUAACCUCAAAAUGAACACAUUCAUCUUUUG